UACAUUUAUUAAAACGUACUUUGAUCCAAAUAAUCGCAGAUAAUUCUGCAACUCCUAGUGUGCCGACAUGCGCAGUCUGUCCAGACCUUUUGGCGCCUCGAAUCUUAUCGAGUUUCGAAUAAAUAUUGCAACCGAAGUUGCCACUGGUAUCGAUAUUGAUUUAACGACUCCAUCAUGUCUGUUUACAUUUGAAAUUCCAUCAGUACAACAUACAGUAAAAUAAAUUUCAGAAAAAAUUGUUAAAAUGGAUAUUGAGUAUGUUUACACCAAACAUCGUUUGCAAUUUGGUAAAUGGUGUAAUUUUUCUGAACAUGAUAAGAUUGAGGUGGAUAUAAAGAGUGAACCGAGUUUUAUGAAAGAUUAUAUAAGACUUGAUCCUGUGACACAGGAGACACAGUUCAGUAGGAAAUUUGCUGCACACGAGGUCAAUACGACUACUGCUACAUUCAAAGAAUCCGGACAGCAUCAUAUUGAAGGUGGAUGGCCUAAGGACAUCAAUAUGCAUGAUCUAGAGCAAACAGUUCGUUAUCGACGAAAGGUCGAGAAAGAUGAACUUUACAUCCACACAAUGUUGCAAUUACUUCCACCCAUGGAGCACACAAUUCUUCAAAAUAACGCGUGUAACAUCUAUGAGCAGUACUUCCAAGACGAGGAGGUGGCACCCCUCAUACAAAGAACGUUCUCCAGAACUGUCAAUGUUUACCGAGACAUUGUGCCAUUGAAGAGGCCAAUUACCCAUCUUUCAUGGUCACCAGAUCAGGGCAAUCGAUUGGCAGUUAGUUAUUGUGAUACCGAGUUUAAAAAAUCAAAGAUUUUUAGUUGUAAUUCAUACAUUUGGGAUAUUGAUAAUCCAAAUACUCCGUUCUUGACCCUAAAACCCUCGUUCCCAAUAGUUACAAUGGAUUACAGUCCAAAGGACAGUAAUAUCUUGGUGAGUGGCCUGAUGUCAGGACAAGUAGCGAGUUGGGAUAUCAGAAGAGGAACUGAACCCGUGGAGAUGAGCCUUGUAGAGAAUAGUCACAGGGAUCCAUGUGAUAAAGCCCUCUGGAUUAAUUCUAAAACUGGAACUGAAUUUUUCAGUGCCUCUAGGGACGGUCAAAUCAAGUGGUGGGACACCAGGAAGCUUCAAGCACCAAUAGAAUCACUAGUAAUUGAUCUAGUGAAGCCUGAGGAACAAAAUAUUGAUCGUGCCACAGGAAUUUCAGCUCUGCAGUUCGAAUCAUCUAUUGGAACUCGCUUCAUGUGUGGCCUAGAAAAUGGAAUGGUGAUCUCAGGUAACAGAAAGGGAAAAACACCAGGAGAAAAAAUGGCAACGAGAUUUAGAGCACAAUACGGCCCGGUAAUUAGUGUAGAGAGAAAUCCAACGUUUGUUAAAAAUUUUCUGAGUGUUGGAGACUGGACUGCUCGUGUAUGGUCUGAGGAUUGUCGGGAAGCCUGUAUCGCCUGGACACCGGGACAUCGAGAGAUGCUGACCAAUGGCGUCUGGAGCCCCACUCGCUUUUCAGUAUUUUAUCUUACGAAAAUGGAUGGCACCCUAGACGUUUGGGAUCUACUGGUGCAGCAGGAUGCUCCAGCAUUGAGUAUAAAAGUCUGCGACGAGGCCCUAACGUGCAUAAAACCUCAUGAACACGGCCACUUGGCCGCGGUCGCUGGAAAAAAUGGAACUACGUAUUUAUUAGAAUUUUCCGAAGCUCUUACUGUUAAUGGGAAAAACGACAAGGUGCUUCUUACUGCGCUUCUAGACAGAGAAACUCGACGCGAAAAAGUGAUAGAAGCGAAGAAUCGCGAAAUUCGCUUGAAAAUGCGAGCAACUCGAGUUGACGUUGAUGGAGAUGGACCGGACGGUAGAUCCAGGCGAGAAUCUGAGCGAGUUCCAAAGCCAACAGAUCCAUUGAUAAAACAAUGCGAACAAGAAUACGAAUCCGCAAUUGAAGCCGAAAUAACGAGACAAGCAGUAAUCGACGAAAAUGAAGUGAACAAUAAUCAUCUGCAGAAUGGUAUCACUCCGUCCACUGUAACAAAUGGAGUUUAAUUACCUGAAACUUUAGGCGGAUCGCCAACAUUAACUUUUGGGACACUCAGUAUAUGACACAAAUGAUGCGAAUUUUAUCGUUUUUAUUGGUAAUCAUUAGUGUGGUAAUGAGA